AUGUUCUCCAUCCUCAAGGACGGUGGCUAUGGCAAGAAUCGGCGAGAAGAGUCAACAUCGCUCGCUGCAAUCCUCGGCGUCUUCAUCCCGACAUUCAUCAUCGCCGCCAUCAACGUCGUCGCCUUCCUGCUUGUGCGGAACUGCUUCCGUAAAGUCUACGCGCCACGGACUUUUCUUGGAACCAUACCGGAGAAAGACAGGACACCCUCCUCCACUGCCCGUGGCACAUCAUGGCUUCGGGACUUUCGAAAUCUGUCAGAUCGCUUCGUGCUGCAGCACAAUUCACUCGACGCCUACCUUUAUCUGAGAUUCCUCAAGUUCAUCAUCUACAUCUGCCUUGCUGGCGCUCUUUUGACCUGGCCCAUCCUCUUCCCCGUCAAUGCCACGGGUGGAGGCAAUGCCAGUCAACUGGACAGCAUCAGUUUCAGCAACAUUGCCAAGAAUGACCAUCUAUGGGGACAUACUGUCGUGGCAUGGCUGUUUUUCCUCGCCAUUUUGGCCGCCAUUGCCGCUGAGCGUCUGCAAUUGAUAGGCAUUCGGCAAGCAUAUUACCUGAACGAGACCUAUGCUUCAAGGCUGUCCGCGAGAACAGUGCUGUUCAUGAAUGUGCCAGCAGAGGCUGCGCGUCCUGAAAGCCUCAAGAAACAUUUCGGCCAUCAGGCAGAGCACAGUUGGCCUGUGAAGGAUUUGGGCGAUCUUGAAGAUUUGGUUGAGAAGAGGAAUGGCGCUGCUUACAGCCUGGAAGCAGCCGAGCUGGACUACAUUACCAAAUAUACCAAGCUGCAGAGCAAAGCUCGACCAGCCAGCAACGGCGCACAUGGCGCUGCCGAGGAAGAAGCGCUUUCGCCACUUGCCAAAGCAGCCAGGCCGACUGCGAAAAGACCCAUGCUCGUCGGAAGCAAAGUUGAUCGCAUAGAUGAGGCACGCAAACAUGUCGUGGAUGCUGUUGAACGUCUCGAAGCUCAUCGGUCAGCGCCAGGCAGAAACAUACCAGCCGAGUCAGCUGUAUUCGUGGCUUUCGCUAGCCAAGAGGCCGCGCACAGAGCUUUUCAGCAGAUCAAGUUCCAUCCUCAUGUGCCACUGGAAGAUCGUUUCCUUGCUGUACAGCCGAAAGAAGUAUUGUGGAAGAACAUUCAGAUGCCAAUGGCUGUCCGUGCCUCGAAGGCGUCCCUGGCUCUAGCGUUCGUGAUAGCAUUCACGAUCUUCUUCUCGAUCCCCGUCGGCCUUAUCGGUACGCUUAGCAAUGUCAAGGAAUUGUCAGACCGAGUGAAGUGGCUGGAGUGGCUGCAAGACCUUCCUGAUUGGAUUCUUGGACUGCUGGUAGGCUUCGUACCACCAUUCCUGACGAGCUGGUUUGUCUCGUAUGUGCCCAAGCUCUUUCGCCAUAUCGCCAAGCUAUCUGGCGAACCGACCGUGCCUCAAGCCGAGCUGAAGACUCAAGCGUGGUACAUGGUAUUCCAAGUCUUUCAGGUUUUCUUGGUCACCACCUUCUCGUCCGGAGCAGCCGCUGUUGCAACGAAGAUCGCGAAAGAUCCCAAGUCGGCUCCAGAUCUUCUGGCUGAAAGCUUGCCGAAAGCCUCGAACUUCUACCUUACAUACUUCAUCCUUCAAGGAACAACAAGCGCGGCGUCAAACCUGCUGGACUAUUCGGAGACGCUGGAGUAUCUGUUCUAUGAGUACUUUUGGGACAAGACUCCACGCGACAAAUUCCAAACCUAUGCUCAAAUGCGUGGCACGCCGUGGGCAGCGUGGUAUCCAAAGUUCACCAACUUCCUCAUCAUCGCUGUCGCAUAUUCAUGCAUUCAGCCGCUGACGCUGGGCUUUGCGGCUAUCGGGCUGUACUUCUAUUACCUGUCAUAUCGGUACAGCUUGCUAUACGUCAGACAAACCAAGACUGAUACCAAGGGAGAGGCCUACAAGCGCGCCUUGCAGCAGAUGCCGACUGGUCUCUACCUUGCCGAACUGGCAUUGAUUGGCUUGUUUGGUGCUCGCAAGGCUGCUGCCCAGACGACACUCAUGAUUGUACUGUUGGUUCUUACCGCAGUCGGCAAUCUGUUGCUGGAUAGGAUGCUUCGCCCGUUGGAGUUGUACCUCGGUGUGGACCAAUGGUCUGAGCCAGAGCAGGAGCGCUUGCUAGCUGAGGAAGACGGCGGCGACACCACCGACGAUGCAGAUCUUCACGCCUCUGCUCAUGGCAGACGACUUGGCUUGAAGAAGCUGCCCAAUCCCAUGCCAAGGUGGCUAUCUGAUUUCUUUGAUUCCAUUAUCUCGGAUUCGCGCGCGAAGGCUGGUAGCUGGCUCCGACCGGAUCAAGGGUCAAGUGACGACUCGGUGCAAUUCAGCGAAGAUGACAUCAAGAAAGCUUAUGUUGCACCUGCCUUUACCUCGAAGACGCCGAAGUUAUGGAUACCGCGCGACUGUCACGGCAUAUCCCGACAGGAGAUUGCAGCGAACGAGAGAGAAGGCAUCACGACCACUGAUGACGCGGCUGAGAUUGACGAGCACGGAGGACUGCAUUGGAAUCACAAUUUUGAGGAGGUACCUAUCUUCUCCAAGGCCAAGGUGGUUUAA